AUGGAGCUCAAGGAAAGCGUGCAGUCCUCUGUGGACUCCCCCGCCGUGUCCCUCGGAUCGCAAGACCAUACCGGACGCCUCUACAAUGACCAGGAGGACAUGCUGCGCCUGGGCAAGAAACAGGAGGUCCCACGAAACUUCAAAUUCUUUGCAACGCUGGGCUUCGUUGCCGUCUUCGUCAGCAGCUGGGAAUUCGUCCUUGUUUCAACCUGGGGCGGGCUACUCAACGGAGGGUUUGGCGGCUUGAUCUGGGAGUACCUAUGGACCUUCUGUCUCUACUCUACCGUCGUCGUCUCGCUGGCCGAGAUGUCCUCAAUGGCUCCAACCGCCGGCGGCCAGUACCACUGGGUCUCGGAAUUUGCGCCGCCCUGGUGUCAGAAGUUUCUCAGUUACAUGGCCGGCUGGACCAGUAUCGUCGCUUGGCAGCCGGCUCUCGCAGGCGGACUAUAUCCCAUCAUUGUGAUAUUGGAGACCAUGAUUGUCUACUGGAACGAAGACUUCGCAUUCACUCGGUGGCAGCAGUCGCUGUUGAUGAUCGCAUUCGGUUUUCUGACUAUACCGUUCAACACCUUCUGGAGGCGCUUCCUGCCUAUGUUUGAAAUCAUUGUUUUGGUACUUCACUUCGCUGGAUUCUUCGCCACAAUUUUACCUCUCUGGAUCCUAGCGCCAAAGAACUCGGCAAGCGAGGUGUUCACGGAGGUUGUAAACAGCGGAGGAUGGAGCAAUACUGGCCUCUCGCUACUCAUUGGUCAAGUUACUGUACUGUAUUGCAUGGCUGGCUUUGAUUCUGCGGUCCAUUUGGCCGAAGAAGUUGAAGACGCAGCUAGGAACGUCCCGCGCUCGAUGGUGUGGGCGUUCCUCCUGAACGGCUGCAUGGGCUUCGUGAUGCUCAUCACCUACUGCUUUUGCAUUGGCAGCCUUGACAGCGCUCUCGAAGCCGACGAGCCCUUUGUCAACACCUUUCUCAACGUCGGCUCUCCGGGCGGCGCAACGGGCCUCACCCUCAUCCUCUUCGUGCUCUUGAUCUGCGGCAACAACACGUGCACGACGACCGAAUCACGUCAGCUGUGGGCUUUCAGCCGCGACCACGGCCUUCCCGGCUCGGCCUGGCUCUCGAAGAUCCACCCGACGUGGGGCGUUCCCGUCAACUGCAUCAUGGUAACCAUCGCCAUCAACAUCGUACUGUGCCUCAUCAACCUCGGCUCAGACGUGGCGUUCAACAUCAUCAUCAGCAUACAGAUGGUGGGCUUCCUAGCCACCUACAUCAUCUCUAUCGGAUGCCUGCUCGGCAAGCGCCUGAGAGGAGAGCCACUGCCACCAGCACGCUGGAGCCUUGGUCGCUGGGGACUGCCAAUCAACGCCAUCGCGCUGUGCUAUUCCUGCUUCUUCAUCAUCUUCUGCUUCUUCCCGCUCGAGACCCCGGUUACGGCGGACAACAUGAACUACGCCAUCGCGAUUUUCGCCGUCGUCAUUGCUGUCUCGCUUGGAUUUUGGUUCGUACAGGGAAGGAAGACUUAUACCGCGCCGGUGGUGUUCACGGCAGGGCAUAGGACGGGGGACAUGCCAUUGCAGUCUAUUGCGAUGUUACGGAAGCGUUGA